AUGACCAGGAAGAGCGUCGUUCUGACGGUCGCCGUGCUCGCGAUGUGCUUCUCCGUCGCGCUCAGCUCGCACGUCGGACCUGACAGUCUCGAGAACCCCGCUGAUGUCGCCCUGCCGCCUUCUCCACACAGCGGAGGGCGCAAGCUGCAGCAGCGCUUCCUGAACGUCGGUAACCUGCAAAAGUGGCUGCCGACCCAGGCAAUCUCCUGGGGCAACGGCCCCUUCGCAUUCUCGCCCCCGCUGCCGCAACUCACGGACCCCAUCCGCAUCGCGAGGGGGGAGACUCCGGUCCGGGACAGGCUCGCAGAGUACCUGGACGAGUACCAGGACCCUGUGCGCAUUCGCGACGAGUACAUCAGCCAGGCGAUUCCGGACGCAUGGGAGAUCUUCCUGCCCGUAGACCAGGUCCUAGCGAACCUGGACUGA